AUGUCGAAGUUUAUCCAUCGAAUUCACAACUUCUCAGGCCAAGGCACGGGAACUUUGCCAUACUUUGAGAACUAUCACAUCACGUUCGGGAUAAAGAUAAGCUCCUUCUCAUACUUCCCAAGCGAGGGAGAAAUUUUGAUCUCACCUUUUGAAAGUUUCACAAAAAACCGCGACAACGAUUGGACUUUACAGGGCACGUGCUACCACUACUUCAGAACCUCGAGACUGCAGGCUGUAAUGAGCAUGUCUCAGAAGGAUUGCCUACUUUUUCAAGCCAAACUGCCCAAACCUGCUCAGUUUUCAGAGGGUUCGUACGAUUUGUUUGAGGAUCCGAACAAUGAAAUGUCAGAGGGCGAUAAAAAUAAAGAUUCACCCGAAGGGAUUGACGGUGAAGUGUGCAUUACGUUUAAUAAGAAGAAUGGCGGGUUGAAAUAA